UGCCACCAUGCGCAUCCCCGAUCUUGAGUGACAGGUAUGCGCGUGACCAAAUCGAGCAUGAGCCGGCCGAGUCCGAGUCCGAGUGUGAUGGCAUGAGCCUUCUGGCCAAUUACAAACAGUAAGGGACAACGACUUCCUGACUCGGCCGGUAGCGCGCCUGCUUACAGCCCCGGCAAACUUCUGACAGCAGUGGGGGUGGUUGCUCAUUUCUUAUAGAUUUCGCUCAGCUGUGAGAGAGAUUUCAUUUGAUGGAGAAUGAGUGUCCCUGACUAUAUGCAGUGUGCUGAGGACCACCAGAGUCUUUUGGUCAUUGUUCAACCUGUGGGAAUUGUACCAGAAGAACAAUUCUUCAAGAUUUACAAAAUAAUUGCUGCUGCCAAUCAGAUUAAUCUUCGAGAUUCACAACGCAUUCUAUAUAUUCGUUACAGACACCAUUAUCCACCUGAAAAUAAUGAAUGGGGAGACUUUCAGACUCAUCGGAAGGUUGUAGGGUUAAUAGCUAUCACACAGUGUUGCAGUGCAAAGGAUUGGCCACAGACAUCGGAGAAAUUUCAUCUGCAGAAAGAAAUUUAUGGUUCUACACUGUAUGAUUCGCGGUUAUUUGUCUUUGGACUGCAGGGGGAAAUUGCUGAGCAACCUCGCACUGAUGUUGCAUUUUAUUCUAGUUAUGAUGAAUGUGAAACCAUACAGAAGAAAGUGGAAGACUUUAUCGAAUCAUUGUUCAUUGUUUUAGAAUCCAAACGUCUUGACAGAGCAACGGAUAAAUCAGGAGACAAAAUUCAAUUACUGUGUGUGCCAUUUGAAAAGAAAGAUUUUGUAGGCCUAGAUACAGACAGCAGACAUUAUAAGAAGCGUUGCCAGGGCAGAAUGCGGAAACAUGUUGGUGACCUUUGUUUGCAAGCAGGCAUGCUGCAAGAUGCUCUUGUGCAUUACCAUAUGGCUGUCGAACUACUUCGAUCUGUGAAUGACUUCCUCUGGUUGGGAGGUGCACUGGAGGGGUUGUGCUCUUCUUCAGUAAUUUAUCAUUAUCCAAGUGGUACUGGGUCAAAACCUUCAAUUCGCAGAGCUAAUAACAUGUGUUUGCCAUCUGAGGCUGGCAAGCGACACCGACAUGGGGCACAGGAAGUUCUCAUUGAUCCAGGUGCAUUAACAACAAAUGGCAUCAGUGCAGAUACAAGUACUGAGAUUGGAAGAGCGAAGAACUGUCUAAGUCCUGAGGAUAUUAUUGAUAAAUAUAAGGAAGCCAUUACUUACUUUGGCAAGUACAAAAAUGCUGGUGUAAUUGAGCUGGAAGCUUGUGUAAAGGCAGUUAGGGUGCUUGCUGUUCAGAAGAGAAGCAUGGAGGCUUCUGAGUUCCUUCAGAAUGCUGUGUACAUCAAUCUUGGCCAGCUUUCCGAAGAGGAGAAGAUUCAACGAUAUAGUGUCCUUUCUGAGUUAUAUGACCUGAUAGGUUUUCAUCGUAAAGCUGCCUUCUUCAAGCGUGUAGCAGCAAUGCAAUGUGUGACACCAUCAAUCGCUGACCCGGGGUGGAGAGCUUGUUAUAAACUGCUGUUGGAGACGUUACCUGGAUAUAGCUUGUCAUUGGAUCCCCAAGACUUCAAAGGAACUCACAAAGGCUGGCCAGCAUUGCAAAUGCGCUUACUCCACGAACUUGUUUAUGCUUCAAGACGAAUGGGAAAUCCUGCUCUUGCAGUUCGCCAUCUGUCUUUCUUGCUUCAAACCAUGCUUGAUUACCUCUCCGAUCAAGAGAAAAAGGAAGUUUCUCAGAGUUUGGAGAACUACACCACAAAAUGCCCUGGUACUAUGGAAAAUGUCACACUACCUGAUGGUGUGAAAUUGCUUCCAAUUCCUCUUACAAAACUUCCGAUUGUCAGGUCUGUAAAACUCUUGAAUCUUCCAGUUAACCUCCGCCCACAAAAAAUAAAAAAUACACUCAAUCAGAACACGUCCUCCAAGAGCCCUUUCAUUUACUCACCAAUUAUUGCACAUCACCGUGGUGAAGAAAGAAGUAAAAAAAUAGAUUUCCUAUGGGUGCAAGGAGACGUGUGUGAAGUUCAGUUGAUGGUCUAUAACCCCAUGCCUUUCGAACUGAGAGUCGAAAAUGUGGGACUAUUGGUUACAGGUGUUGAAUUUGAAUCUCUCCCAGCUGCACUCUCUCUCCCUGCUGAAUCGGGAUUAUACCCAGUGACACUAGUUGGUGUUCCACGUACAUCAGGACAGAUUAAUGUAAAUGGUUACCAAACUUCUGUUUUUGGUGUGUCCAGUGACUGUUUGUUAGACCAUUUGCCUGGAGUGAAAACUAAUGGAUGCACCGUAGAAGUUGUUCCAGCUUUACCACGACUACAAAUUACUACAUCUCUGCCACGGUCCGCGCACAUUCUGUUGCCGUCGUCAGGUGAUGAGGUAUCCAAUAGUGUAUCUAUUCACCUUUUUAAUGGGGAAUUGCAACAGCUGACCAUCAAACUGGAGAAUAUUGGUUCAGAGCUUCUAGAAACAUUAGAGAUCUCUGCUAAAACCAUAAAUAAUAAAGAAAAACUGUAUGGUGACUUUCUGAGCUGGAACUUAGAAGAAUUGCUCACACAAUUUCCACUUCAAUCUGGGAAGACAGCUAUUUUUACAGUGAAUAUCCAAGUAAAAUUAGACUUCUCCUGUCAAGAAAAUCUGCUCCAGGACUUGAAUGAUGAUUUACCAGCUGGGAAUACUAAGACAUUGGAAGCCGUUUUGAACUUCAAGUAUUCUGGUGGACCAGGCCAUGUUGAUGGAUAUUACAGGAAUCUUUCUUUGGGGCUUCAUGUAGAUGUUGAGCCAUCAGUGUUCUUUACCAGGGUCAGCACACUUCCUGCAACAAGCACCAGACAAUGUCACCUUCUCUUGGAUGUCUUCAAUUCAACAGAACAUGAACUAACUGUUAGUGCAAAAAACAAUGAUGAUUUGAUCCUACAUGCUGGAGAGUGCCAGAGGAUGGCCAUACAAGUUGACAAGUUCAACUUUGAAGCACUUCCAGCAUCUAACAAAGUGCUGUGUACCGAAAACCUAAAGCAAAUUGAAGAGGAAAGACGUCAUGCUCAGGCUGUUGAGAUCAACAACAAAUUAAACAUCUGCUGGAAGAUCCCAUCUCUUAAUCGUGAAGGAGAAGCCAGUGUGGAAGGAGUUCUCAAUCAAUUGGUGCAGGAACAUUUACAGCUCGCUCCUCUGCAAUGGGAUGUUUUUGUAGCUGGGAAGCCCUGUGAUUGUGAUGUAGUGGUAGAGUGUCAGGCCGGUGACCCAACAUCCCUGGAAGUGAAGCUGACCAAUCAGAGCAAGGGAACUGUCGGCCCUUUUGCCCUCACUGUCAUUCCAUACCAGGACUAUCAAAAUGGGGUCCACAACAAUGACCUUGGGAAUGCUGUUACCUCUAUUGGAUCCAAUACAUUCUACAUAGAUGCAGUGAAAUCAACUGAAGAAUGUGUAUGCAGUGGAGCUCUCCUAUUCCUGUAUGCUGGUGAUUACUACUUGAAUAUAAAAUUUCAUGAUGAUAACUCAAAUAGGGAGCUACCCCUUUCUUGGUUCUGCUUGCCAAGUGUUCAUGUGCGUGCCAUGGAUCCCACUCAACACACACAACUUUAAAUUUAUAUUUAAAAAUUGUAAGAUUAGUGAGUUAAAUCAUUGUAAAUAUUGACUAACUAGUCAUACCUGCCAACAAGAUCUCACUGAAUAUUCUGGUUUAAGAUUAUACUGGCAUUUGUCCAAAAAAAGCUUCUAGAUUUUUCUGUAAAGCUUGCUUAGCCAAAUUUUUACAUAUCCAAGGGAUUGAUGACUACUGUCAGUAAAAUUAAUCGUUAGUAAUAAAUCUAUAUUAUUGAGGAGCCAGGGUGUACCUUUGAAUGAAAUAAAAGACAGUUAUAGGUUGGUACACUGCCUGUUCUCUAAUCAGAACCUUGGUAAAAUUAUAAAGAUAAAUUUACAUUUCUUGGCAUGGUUAGGUAAGAAACUGGUGCACAAUGAAAUUUAGUUGUUAAAAUGUUUCAGAUUUUGGCUGUAAUAAUAGUGGGAAUAGAAGGAAGGUUGACAAAUAAUAUCAGUGUUGUAAUUAUGAAGGCUUGUAUUCUUUACAAGUCUGAAAUGACAAUGCUGUAAAGCUCAGUCUUAAUGCUCAGUUAAUUCCUUAUCCUUUUGAAACACUGUACUGUUCAAUUGUAUGGGCACAAUGUCUUGAUGACCUGUUAUAUCUGUAAGGCACCUGCAGUUGUUUUUGAGAGUUAAGGCAAUGUGUCCUGUUCACACUGCAAUGAAUUGGCUGCUGCCCUUCAGAAGUAUUUGUUAACUUUUCUUUCUCCCCCUAAGAUGCUAGUAAAUCCAUUUUUAAUCUUACCAAUAAACAAUUUCAAGAAAACAACUGGAAAGCCAGUUACAAACUCAGGGUUUUUUUACAUUUAACAAUUGUGAUUUAUGAAUAAUUCAACUUCAUGAUUACUUUGCAGUUGAACAUCUGCAAUUAUUAUAAAGUAAUUAGAAUUAUAAAGAUUAGUGGGAUUAUGCCACAGUUUCAGUUGCAGUGUGAACAAGGCGAUGUCUUUUUUGAUUCAUACAAAAUUCAGGAACUACUGUAACUGGCAUCUCUGUACACCAACCAAACUGCUGUUGUAAAGAUAUGUUUCUCUUCCUGUACCUGCAAAACAUUGUAUCUUUGGAAAUAAAUUUUGCUUGCAUGUC